CAAACAGUACCAAGGGAGUAGCUUAUCAACUAUUCUCCUAAGUAAGAAGAGACAUCCUUUUUAGGAUUCUAUAACUGUAAAAUUCUUUGGCUACAGAUUGUUGCAUCUGCCACUCCGUCAAAGGCGAAAAUACCUGAAGGAUUUAUUUGGUGACGGCAAGUGGGUUAUUUCGAGUUUGCGACAGAAAAUGACUGUAGAGUCUGAUGAUUCUUGUGCAGAUAACGAAGCCACAUUGGCUAGGAUGAACACCUUUCUUGAUGAUGCGCUACGUUCUUCUUGUGAAGGAAUCAUGGUGAAAUCCCUUGAUAUAGAUGCUGGGUACACACCAUCAAAGCGCACUAAUGCAUGGUUAAAGGUCAAGAGGGACUACGUGGAAGGGCUAAGUGAUUCCUUGGACUUGGUUCUGCUUGGUGCUUGGUAUGGGAACGGAUGUUUGAAGAUGGAAAGGGGUGCGAAAAGGAAAGGAGGAGGAAAUUUGUUUGUAUAGCAACAGGGUGGAGUUCUAAAAUAUUGUUUCGGCUCUAUCUAAUCUAGCUCUACUGGUGGAUGAUUUGUCUAACGGUUCUGUUUAUGGUGCAGUUGUGCUCACUAAGUCUUAAAAAUUGUUAAUACCAUUUCAUGAUUGUUUUAUGUCUCGGUCUGUUGUUUUUCAGUUGCAGUUGGUCAUACAGAAUGUAUAAAAGUUUUAUUCUUGUUACUUA